UUCAGCGUAGAUUGGAAGCACGUUGGUCGGUGAGACGAGUCGCCGCCAUGUGGAGAAGCGCCGCCGGGCGGAGGCUAUCCGCCCAACUCCUCUUGCCUCGCGUCUCAAACCAUAGCUUCAUCAACUCCUCCACCUCUCACCCUCUUCCUUGCUUCCCUCCCUCCUAUGUUGAUGCCUCUGUUGGGAGAUCCUAUAUCGGAGAUCUCUUCUCCCUGCGCCUCUUAUCCUCUUUGGAUUCUUCGAAUCCGAGUUCUGAUCAGAAAUUAUUGGGAUUUGUGGACGCUGGGCCUUGCGCAGCUUCUCCUGUGGAGGUUUCUGCGGCUAUUGGAUCUCUGGAGUCAAUCUCUAGGAGGUAUAGAGACGUCUCGGAGGCGCUCCGGCACUAUGGGCGUUGUUAUUGGGAGCUCUCAAAAGCUCGUCUCAGCAUGCUUGUAGUUGCAACUUCUGGAUCAGGCUUUGUUCUUGGGAGUGGCAGUACUAUAGAUUUUGCUGGACUUUGUUGUACGUGUGCUGGCACAAUGAUGGUUGCAGCAUCUGCAAACUCUUUAAAUCAGGUGUUUGAGAUUCAAAAUGAUGCUAAAAUGAAUCGGACAAAGCGGAGACCACUCCCCUCUGGUCGCAUUUCUGUUCAGCAUGCUGCCAUCUGGGCGGCAAGUGUUGGAAUUGCUGGCACAGCUUUGUUGGCUUUGAAGACAAAUUACUUGGCAGCUAGUCUUGCAGCUAGUAAUCUGGUUUUGUAUGCAUUUGUAUAUACUCCCUUGAAGCAAAUACAUCCUAUCAAUACAUGGGUUGGAGCAGUUGUCGGUGCAAUACCUCCACUUCUUGGAUGGGCAGCAGCUUCUGGGGAGGUUUCACUAAAUUCAAUGAUUCUUCCUGCUGCUUUAUAUUUUUGGCAGAUACCCCAUUUCAUGGCUCUUGCAUACCUAUGUCGCAAUGAUUAUAUAGCUGGAGGUUUUCGGAUGUUCUCUUUUGGUGAUCCUUCUGGCAAGAGAACUGCUUUGGCAUCUUUCCGGAAUUGCCUUUAUCUUGUUCCUCUUGGAUUCCUGGCUUAUGAUUGGGGCAUGACUUCAGAAUGGUUCACUCUUGAAUCCUCACUCAUCACACUGGCCAUGAGCGUCGCCGCCCUGUUAUUUGUCCGGGAACGAACAACAAAAAAUGCAAGAAGAAUGUUCCAUUCGAGCCUCUUAUAUCUGCCCGUUUUCAUGUCAGGCUUGAUUUUGCAUCGUCUACCGAAUGACAACAAGCAAGAUCUGUCUCUCCCCAACUCAAACAUUAUAGCCGAAGAAGACAGAGACAUCUCUGAAACUGAAUUCCAGAAUAAAAGCUACAAUCCCCAGGACAAGCAGGUCAUGGAGUCCUCUCUUCCCCCAGUUGCCUAUGCUUCCAUUGCUCCUUUCCCCUUCUUACCAGCUCCACUCUAUGCUUCAGAUCAAUAAUAAGUUCCAAUCAUUAGUCUUUGUCAAUCUCCCACUCUUUUGUUGCGCAUGUAUAACUUCAAAUUUUCCUUAAAGUUUCUUCUGUAACAUCAAAUGUAAUAAAUUUUUGUAGACUUUCACCUUCCUUUCACGGCUUUCAUGUCUGAGAUUAGAUGCAAAAGAUAAACAAAUGUUCGUUUUGGUCCGUGAUUUAUAAACAAGUAUUUAUUUA